AUGUAUGUGAAAUGGUUUGAUACAGUAAUGUUUUACUAUGUUAUUUUAGUGAAUUUAGUGAAUGUCACUUUUUGUCAUUUUCAAAUUUCCCGCCGUUCCGUCUCCGUACGCCCCGACGCCGCAGGGGACGGAACCCAGAAGACAAUACAGGGGACAAUACAGGGGACACUGCAGGAGGGACAUCACGGGAGUGCAGGACAAGGUAAGAGAAGAACAGAUCCCGAAGCAGCGCUGCAUGGUAAGCCCGAGUGUAGUCGGGGUUACCGCUUGUGCUACACUCGGGAAUACCGCCAUGGAGGUUAAGCU